UCGGUUCCUGCCAUACCUUUGUCCCACAUCGCUUUCCGUAGCCUCGUACAAGCAGAUAUACAUGUGCAUGAGAAUUCCUGUACAUAGGCUAUCACAAAAGCUGACACGGGAGGGCGGUAGUCAUCAUACUGGAUUCGCCCCAAGUUUCGUUUUCGAGACAAGACGGACGGCUUCACAACAAUUCAGUCUGCGAGCGUGUAGUAGCCUAAAAGAAACGGACAAGAAGCUUCAAGUCAUCAGGUAGGCCUACAGUGUAAGUCUACUGGACAACCCCCCACAGCAGCCACCUCCACAAUGGAUGACAAGGAUCGGAAUAAAAAGCCCUCUUCCCCAGAUCCCACCCCAGAUCCCACCCCAGAUCCCCCCAAAAAAGAUGAUGAGAGUGAGACAAGAAAGAAAAAGAUUAUUGCUGGUGUUGCCGUUGCUGCAGCCGGAGUAGGUGCAGUUGGAGCUGUUGCAUUGGCCCCUGUGGUCCUGACGGCUGUAGGUUUCACCUCGGCUGGCAUCGCAGCUGGCUCAACAGCUGCUAGCAUGAUGUCCGCUGCUGCUAUUGCUAAUGGAGGUGGGGUGGCAGCGGGGAGCCUAGUGGCCGUGCUCCAGUCUGCAGGAGCUGUUGGUCUGUCUGGACUAGCAUCUGCUGCUGUGGGAAGUGCAGGGGCUGCCAUGGGUGGGGCUCUGGGUGGAGCAGGGGCGUGGCUACACGGCGUGUUCAGUAAGAAACCGAAACCUGGAAACAAAGAUGAUGAUGAUAAGCCUGAUGACAGACCUGACAAAUGUGGUGACAAAUCUAAUGGCAAACCCUGCGACUGUGAUUGUCACAAAUCUGGUGACAAAUAUAAUGGCAAACCCUGUGACUGUGAUUGUCACAAAUCUGGUGACAAAGCUUGCGAGAAAUGUGUAGUCAAAUUGGAAGGCAAACCUAGUCAUGGCGCUCGUGAAAAGCCUGAGGAAAAAUGUAAUGACAAAACUGAUGACGGCACUUGUGACAACCUUGGUGACAACAACACUUGUGAUGAACCUGGUGACAACAACGAGACAACUGGAAGAGAUGAGGACAACUUUGAAGACCUCCUCAGUAUGGAGUUCAGAGAUGGGUGUGUGGUUCAAUCAGGGCUUUAAACCGUUACUUUUUUUAGUUUGACGAACGGUAUUAACCGGUUACCAUUAUUUUUAAAUAAAUGUUCCUUUUCCAGAACAUAAAAAAUAAUAAAGUUUCCGGUUUUGUUUCUGUUCCCUGUAAAAUACAAAAAGUUCCCGGUUUUCGUUUUCGUUCCUUGAACUGUUCAAAGCCCUGGGUUCAAUGGAACUCUACUCGUUAAAAAAGGCUUCUACCACUAACAACUGACCAUAACACGAAUGCCCUAAAAUCUAUGGAAAGAAAAUAUGAAUGUAAUCAAAUAUGACUGUGUGUUUAUGCUACGGUUAUUACACUGUUCCCAAGGUUCUGUUUAUGCUCACUCAAGUGCCUGCCAAUAGUUAGCUAGGUAAUCUAAUCAGUUGCUGAUUCCAGACGACCUUGCCGUUUCCUGGCUAGGUCAAAUUGACCUUGCUGUGUGGACACUUAGUCUCAUACAACUCUCAAUGAUCUUGCUAAUGAUUUUCUAGCUAUGUUAACUGGAUAUCUUUGGGAGAUGUCAAACUGUCAUUCUCGUCAAAGUUUAAGAAGUUAAUGCAGUAAACAUGACACUAUUCUACUGUAUAUGCAUUGUGAUACUGUGUUUUAUUUUCACUAAUAUGGUAUGUAGCCUAAGCAGAAGUAUUGUUGAAUGUUGAAUGCCUCUUUUUCCACUUUGCCAAAAUAAAUAAAUAAGUAAAUAAGUACA